AUGCGUGAGAUUCUUCAUAUUCAGGGCGGCCAGUGCGGAAACCAGAUCGGCUCCAAAUUCUGGGAGGUCGUGUGCGCCGAGCACGGCAUCGACGCCACCGGGCGCUACCAUGGGGACUCAGAUCUGCAGCUCGAGAGGGUCAACGUCUACUACAACGAAGCUGGCGGCGGCCGAUUUGUGCCCCGUGCGGUGCUCAUGGAUCUCGAGCCCGGGACCAUGGACAGCAUCCGAUCUGGGCCCUACGGGCAGAUCUUCAGGCCCGAUAAUUUCGUGUUCGGGCAGUCGGGGGCCGGGAACAACUGGGCCAAGGGGCAUUAUACGGAGGGUGCCGAGCUGAUUGAUUCGGUGCUUGAUGUUGUCAGGAAGGAAGCCGAGAAUUGUGAUUGCCUGCAAGGUUUCCAAGUGUGUCAUUCCUUGGGAGGUGGCACCGGGUCCGGGAUGGGGACUCUAUUGAUCUCGAAAAUAAGGGAAGAAUAUCCAGACAGGAUGAUGUUGACUUUCUCUGUGUUCCCAUCACCAAAAGUCUCCGACACAGUCGUGGAGCCUUACAACGCCACAUUGUCCGUGCAUCAGCUCGUGGAGAAUGCUGACGAGUGCAUGGUUCUUGACAAUGAGGCCCUUUACGACAUUUGCUUCAGAACACUUAAGCUAACAACUCCCAGCUUUGGUGACCUGAACCAUUUGAUCUCUGCAACCAUGUCCGGCGUCACGUGCUGCCUGAGGUUCCCCGGUCAACUCAACUCCGACCUCCGAAAGCUAGCGGUCAACUUGAUCCCUUUCCCCCGACUCCACUUCUUCAUGGUUGGGUUUGCCCCACUCACGUCUCGUGGGUCCCAGCAAUACCGAGCCUUGACUGUCCCUGAGCUGACCCAGCAAAUGUGGGACGCCAAAAACAUGAUGUGUGCAGCUGAUCCGCGCCAUGGCCGCUACUUAACAGCCUCAGCCAUUUACCGGGGGAAGAUGAGCACUAAGGAAGUUGACGAGCAGAUGCUGAACGUGCAGAACAAGAACUCGUCCUACUUUGUUGAGUGGAUUCCUAAUAAUGUGAAGUCGACCGUUUGUGACAUUCCCCCAACUGGUCUCAAAAUGGCUUCGACUUUCAUCGGGAACUCGACUUCGAUCCAGGAGAUGUUUCGGAGGGUGAGUGAGCAGUUUACAGCUAUGUUUAGGAGGAAGGCUUUCUUGCAUUGGUACACAGGGGAAGGUAUGGAUGAGAUGGAGUUCACGGAGGCUGAGAGCAAUAUGAAUGACCUUGUUGCAGAGUAUCAGCAGUAUCAAGAGGCGACUGCAGAUGAGGAAGAUGAGUACGAGGAGGAUGAGGAGGCGGUAUAUGGAGAAUGA